AUGGAUUCGUCGGCGUCACGCGCUGAUGAUGUCGGAGACUGGGUGUCCACCAAGAGGACGGCUGUUGCCCCAUUCCCUGAACGCAGGGAGCGCGUCGGUGGGGGUUUCGGAGGCGACUCGCACUCUCGCGCUGAUGACUCAAGCUGGGUUUCCAACAAGAGCUCUUCUGUGCCACUGCCACCCCCACCUGCUGACAGCAAGAGGGGUGGGCCAGUUUGGGGUUUCAACAGAGAUGGUAGUGCUGAUGCUGAUUCUUGGUGUAGGAGGGAGGAGAUGAGUAAUGUUGGUGGCAGCUGGGCUGAUGGGAAUGAGGAUAACAAAGAGAAGGGAGAGCAGAUACCAAAAAGCAAGUCUUCAAACCCGUUUUGCGCAGCCCGCCCUCGUGAGGACGUCCUUGCUGCGAAGCGGCCGGACUGGAGGGAAGAGCCUAAAGUGGAUAAGUUAGAGAUUCAACCGAGAGCUAGAUCUUCCAACCCAUUUGGAGUUGCUCGCCCACGUGAGGAGGUUCUUGCUGAGAAGGGGGAGGAUUGGAGGAAGAUUGAUGAGAAACUUGAGGCGAUGAAGGCGCGGGAGGCACUGCUGGAGAGGUCCUUUGGGUGGAGGGGUUCCCCAGCUGUAGGAGAGGAGAAUGGGAGUGCUCAACUACCAGUAACUCGGGCUAAAAGAGCUGGGAAGAAGCCUGAUGCAGUUGCAGCUGCAAACGAAUCUGAGGAAGGGUUUGACAAUUGA